AUGGGCUCAGCAACUGGGAUGUUCGAUGCCAACCAACCCGGCAAUGGCAGUGAAGCGAACAAGCCGGCCGGAAAUAGCACCGCUUGGCUCCCAGACAGUAAAGAGUCCGAUGCAUUGAACGACGGCGAACAGCAGAUCAUCGAGGCCGGAGAAGCCAAGUACCAUCGGCUCGGAUGGAGGGGUCUCACGAUCAUGUUGAUCGUCGAGGCGAUUGGGUUGGGCGCGCUCUCGAUCCCCUCUGCGUUUGCCAGCCUCGGAAUGGUGGCCGGCGUCCUCUGCUGCGUGGGAAUUGGGCUGAUUGCCAUUUACACGUCGUAUGUGAUUGGGCAGGUGAAGCUGGCUUUCCCGGCUGUCCGCCACUAUGGCGAUGCGGGGGCGUUGUUGAUGGGCUCGUUUGGGAGUGAGCUGUUCACGGCCAUGUUGAUCUUGCAGCUGAUUUUCUUGACGGGGUCGAAUUGUUUGACGGGCACGAUUGCAUUGCGUCAUAUCACGGACAGUGGGAUUUGUUCGAUUAUCUUCAGUGUUGUGUCGGCGGUUAUUCUGCUGUUGCUGUCCAUUCCGUCGUCGUUUGCUGAUAUGGCUUUCCUCGGAUAUAUCGACUUUGCAUCGAUUGUUGCUGCCAUUGGAAUCACCAUCAUCGCCACCGGCAUCAGGAGCACCAAUUCCACUGGCCUGGACGCAGUGGACUGGUCUGCCCUGCCGCAGGGUGAUCCCAGCUUCUCAGAUGCAUUCAUCGCCAUCACCAACAUUGUAUUCGCGUACACCUUUGCCAGCUGUCUAUUCUCCUUCAUGGAUGAAAUGCACACCCCUCGCGACUUUACCAAAUCCAUCUGGUCUCUUGGUAUCUUGCAGAUUGUCAUCUAUACCGUCACAGGAGCGACCAUCUAUGCCUUUGUCGGUCAAGACGUGCAGUCGCCUGCCUUGCUAUCUGCCGGGAAUCUAGUAAGCAAAGUUGCAUUUGGCAUUGCACUACCUGUCAUCUUCAUCUCGGGUGCCAUCUGCACCAUUGUUGCUGGCCGAUUAAUCCACGGCCGCAUAUACGAAAAGAGCGUGACCCGAUACAUCAACACCACAAAGGGCUGGAUCACCUGGCUUGUCCUAAUCACCGUCCUCACCAUCAUAUCCUGGGUCAUCGCCGAGGCUAUUCCGUUCUUCGAUGACCUGCUCUCAAUCAUCUCUGCGUUGUUCACCUCUGGAUUCUCCUUCUACCUCCCCCCGAUUAUGUGGUUCGUCCUCAUCCGUAAGGGGAAGUGGUAUUCCAAGGAGAACUUGCUGAUUAGUAUUGUCAAUUUCCUUGUCUUCAUCUUUGGACUUGUUGUGCUUGUUGGCGGUCUUUACUCGAGUAUCCAGGAUAUAAGAAAUAACUACCGAACGGGUAAUGUUCGUGGUGCGUUUAGUUGCGGUGCUGUUGAAUGA